AUGAGUUGGUAGGAGAAGUAUAUAAAAAUAUAAGAAGAAAUAGAAAUAGGUUAAAUAGGUGAGAUGGAAAUACAUAAAAACAAAAAAACUGGAGAAAUUUAUAACAUGAAAAUAAUUAAUUGUUAGCUUGAAAAAUAAAAAUAGACUAAAAAUAUUUUAGAUUAAGUAAAACGGAUUAGACAUCCGAAUAUAGUUGUAAUUGAAGAUAUUUUUGAAGAUGAUAAAGGCUCUUUCUACAUAUAUAUGAAAAAAGCAGAUACAAAUUUAUAGUAAAUAUUUGGAGAAAUUUAAUAAGACUAGGCUGCCUUAUGUGAUUUCAUAAAAUAAUUAGUUCCUUAAAUUAUAGAUGGCUAUUGUAGAUUAAUGGAAGAAAACAUAAUUCAUCGAAAUCUUAAACCAUAAAAUAUCCUAUGUAAAAUUAAGGAUAAAAACAAAUAUAUAUUUUAAGUAUUAUAUGGAAAUAUUUACAGAUUUGUAGCUUUGAUCAUUCAAAAAUUAUAAAUAUGAGCAAGGACUAUGAUAUGACUUAAUUUUAGGAAUUGUUUUACUAUUCAGCUCCUGAUUUAUAAAAAGAUGACUAUAUAAAUAAAUGUGAUGUUUAUUCUGUAAAUUAAAAUAUGAUUUCUAGUUUGGGCUCAUCUUAGCUGAAUUGAUAUUUGGUAGGCAAUUUACAGAUCAUGAAAAAUAAUAACUCCCAAUGAAUUAAUUAAUAAAUAAUUUUCCUCAAUAGAUAAUUGAUUUAGUUUAGUAAAUGUUAGUCCUUGAUCAUAAAAAUAGAGUAUCAUGGACAGAACUUAAAUUAAAGUAUUUCUACCCUAAAUAUGAUUGGAAUAAAACAUGUGUUUUGCAAAAAGUUGAAGAUAUCAAUAGCAAUAAAGUAUGUAUUAAAUAAAUUUCUAAAAUGAAAAAUGGUAGCUGCAACAAUGAAUUAAAUGAGAUUUUAAUAAAUCUUAAAAUUAAAAAUUGUGAAGAAAAAAAUGAUAACAUAAUUAAAAUUUUAGAAGUUUUAAAUGAAAAAGAUUAUGAAUAUGCCUAUAUAAUUAUGGAAUAAUGUGAUGGAGAUCUAGGGCAACUCAAAAAAACUUAAGGAAUAUUCAAUAAAAAAUAAAUUCUUAACCUAAUAAAAUAAGUAAAUAACGGAUAUAAAUUUUUAAUAAAUAAUCGAAUAGUUCAUCGUGAUAUUAAGCCUGAGAACAUAUUAUACUUAAAAAUUAAUCAUAAAUAUUGCUACAAAGUUAUUUUAUGGAUAUAAUUAAUAGAUUAUUGAUUUCUAAUAUAGUUUUGAUUAAAUGAAAAAUAACUAUUCAGCAAGCUCUAAAACUGGAACUUCGAAGUACUAAGCGCCUGAAGUAAAUGGAAAAGAUAAUUAUGAUUUUUAAUGUGAUAUCUAUUCAGUAAGCUAUAUUAUAUUUUUAGCUAGGAUUAGUAAUAUUAGAAAUGGCUACAAAUAUUACUAAUUUAGAAGAAAAAGAUAUUGAAUAUAUUCAUGACAAAUUAAAAGAGGACUGUUGUAUUAUUGAUAUUUUUAAUUAAUAUCCUUUUAAAUCGUAUAAUAUAGAAAUAGAUUACUUAAUAUAAGAUUUAUUGAAGUAAAUGAUUAAAUACGAUCCAAAAACGAGAAUUAAUUGGGAAGUGUUAUAUUAAGAAAUUAGGAAAUUUAAAAAACAAUUGAAAUAUCAAUAAUAAGAAACAUAAAAUAAUAAUCGCAAAGGAUAAAUUAAAUAAUUUGAAUAACUAAACCAAAACACAAAUUCAUCAAAUUAACCUACAUAUUAUGGAUGGUAACAGAAAAAUUAAAUAUUUGCAAACAAUCAACAAUCAGUUUCAAAUAAUGAAAUAAUAUAGAAUCCUUAAUCUUAGUUAUAAUAGAAAUAAUAGUUUAAUUUUUAAAAUUAAUUCAAAAAUGAAACAUCUGGAAAUCAAAAUUCAGUUGAUUAAAUUCCAUUUAAUGUUUAAAUUAAAAAUUAAAUAUUUCCAAAUAAUCAACAAUCAGUUUCAAAUAAUUAAAUUAUAUAGAAUCCUUAAUCUUAGUUUUAAUAGAAAUAGUAGUUCAAUUUUUAAAAUUAAUUCAAAAAUGAAACAUCUGGAAAUCAAAAUUCAGUUAACUAAAUCCCAUUUAAUGUUUAAAAUAAAAAUUAAAUAUUUCCUUAUAAUCAACAAUCAGUUUCAAGUAAUUAAUUUAUAUAAAGUCCCUAAUAAUAACAAUUAUAUCAUAGUUUUUUUAUUCCAAAUUCAAAUACUUAAACAAAUUUAUAAAAUGAUCAAAUAGAUAAUGUUACACAAUUUAUUGAAUAAUUUCCUAAUCCAAACCAUCAAAAAUAUCAUUGA